AGUCAUACAACAAGAUCACAGACGCAAGCAUGCACGCCUCAGUGCACGAACACACGAUGCAACGAUUGCACGCUCUAAAAGAUUUAUAGAUAAAUGCAGUUCCCGGUGAAAAUAGAUAAAUGCCAGUGCUCAUGUAUUUUCUACACAUUUCAAUAGACACAACCGCAUAGACUGGACAUUGGUCCAGUAUUCAAAUUCCAAGGGGCAUUCGAUUGAUAAUUUAAAAUGCGGUACCGCGCGACCAUCUUCCUUUCCUUAUGUAUCCUUGUGACUGCUUCGGCGGAUACCUUCGGGGUCGGUCUCAAGCUCAUUGGAAGGAUGUACGAAAACUGUGAACAGUCCCAGGAGAUGCUCAAGUGUUUCAAAAUCCAAGCAGCAAAGCUAGCAGAUAGGGCAGCUCGGAUGGAUACAUUGCCUCUAAUCGACGGCGUCGCACUGGUCAGAAGGGUUGACCAGGAGCGCGCUUACCCGUCUUCUCUGCCAGAAGGUGAUUUGAAUGCGCUGACGUCAAAUGAAGUCGAUAAAUGUCUUCAAGAAGCUACAUCAAAGUUGAUGCAGACACAUCGAGUUAUUAUAUCGCCGGCGAGCAUCGGUGAUGAUAUAGGAAGAUCAUUGAAUCAAGCUCGAGGGAAGUUGAAGAAAAUGAUAGGACCGAUAUUAGCUGGUGUUGCUAUCAAAGGUGGUUUCUUGGCUAUGGCUUUCCAAGCGAUCGCUCUCAUAGCCGGUAAAGCUCUGCUUAUAGGUAAGAUUGCUCUGUUACUUUCGGCUAUAAUAGGUUUGAAGAAAUUGGUUUCUGGUGGCGAUACCCAUGAGAAGACUACGUACGAGAUCGUGAAGCAUCCUCAGGUAUCCCAGAGUCAUACAUAUUCGUCCUCUCAUUACGGAAGUGAUUUCGAUACUACCGGUCCAGGAGGUCAUUAUAGGAGAAGUGUAGAAGAUGAAGCAGCCGCCCAGGACAGAGCAUAUCGAGCUUACGCCAAGACACAAUAAACAAGUAAUGGCUUACGACUCUUUUGAAUUGCAACUUCGCGUCGGAUAUGAAUUGCAUUGACAGGUUUUGUUUAGCACAAGAAUAUGAAAAUUAUUAAUUUAUUAUUAUUUAAUAAGUUAUAAU